CAUACACCUCCUUCAUUCUCCACUUUCACCUUCAUUCUUUCAUCUCAUUUCAUUUCAUUUAAAACGCACUCUCUCCCUCCCUCACCUGGUGUGAGGCGGCUUCAUCCUCAUUAAUUAGCUGCCUCCGCCAUCACCACCAUCACCGCCAUCACGAAAUCCAACACGUAAAUAAUAAUUUCACAUUAUUUACAUCUUCUAUAUUGAUAUAUUGUGUUACACAUAACUAAGUGUACGUAUAUGAGUGAAGAAGGGAAAUCCCCUAGUGAAUGUGAGUUAGAGGAGGAGUUGCAACAACAAGACUGGAAGAAAAGGGAGAGUUUUUCAAAGGAGCUAUCAAUGUGUAGAAGGGCAAGGGCAGGGGACAUUGCUUGGGAGCGCAGGCGGCGGCAGAUUCUCCGGCAAGAGCGUAAAAGGAAAAAUAUAAGUCAAGAUAGCGAUGAUCUCACCGAUGAUGACUUGAACGAGCUGAGAGGAUGCAUAGAAUUGGGAUUUGGAUUUAAUGAGGAAGAUGGGCAGAAAUUGUGCAACACAUUGCCUGCUCUUGACCUUUAUUUCGCCGUCAACCGCCGACUUUCGCCGAGUCCGGCCUCUAGCCCUCAUAGCCGUCGCUCUGUAUCCUUUGAGAGCACUAGCAGUCCUCCUGACUCUGAUAAUAGUUCUUGGAAGAUCUUAAGCCCAGGAGAUGACCCGGCACAUGUAAAGACUAAGUUAAGGCACUGGGCUCAGGCUGUUGCUUGUUCUGUAAUGCAUUUAAAACAUCUGUGGAGAGCAGAGGAGUAUAAUAAAACGAGGAUUUUAAGGUUGACGACAAGUAGAAGAAGAAGAAGUAAAACCCCAGUUCAAACACAAACAGAGGAAAAGGGUUUUGCUGUUUGCAGAGAAAACCAGAAACCCCCGACGAUGACUAUGGCCCCCGAUGCUUCCGACGCACUUGCAGUGAGGCAGAAAGUUCAACAGUUCCUCAACGCCGCUCGUACUGGAAAUCUCGAUCUCUUCAAGAAUUUGGCGGGCCAAUUGGAUGAGGGCAAGGAUUUAGCUAAAACAGUCGAAGCAAUCAAAGACGCUAACAAGCGAGGAGCACUGCAUUUUGCUGCCCGUGAAGGACAGACUGAGGUUUGCACCUACCUCCUACAGGACUUGAAACUCCCUGUUGAUUCUAAAGAUGACGAUGGUGAGACUGCUCUAGUUCAUGCAGCUCGUCAGGGACACACUGCCACUGCUAAAUAUCUGAUUGACCAUGGUGCUGAUCCUACUAUUGCUAGCAAUUUAGGGACUACCGCCUUGCACCAUGCUGCUGGGAUAGGAGAUACUGAGCUGCUCGAGCAUUUACUGGCCAGAGGAAUUAAUCCUGAUUUGGAAAGUGACGCGGGAACGCCUCUGGUUUGGGCCGCUGGUCAUGCCCAACCAGCUGCUGUCAGUGUUCUAUUAAAGUAUGCUGCAAAUCCUAAUGCUGAAACCGAUGAUGGUAUUACCCCACUCCUUUCAUCUGUGGCAGCUGGUUCUUUGGCAUGCUUAGAGCUGUUAAUUCAGGCAGGUGCUAAUAUAAAUAUUAGUGCUGGUGGAGCAACUCCUUUGCACAUUGCAGCUGAUAAUGGGAGUUUAGACCUUAUAAGUUGCUUAUUGAAAGCUGGAGCUGAUCCUAAUGUUUCCGAUGAGGAUGGUGUUAAGCCAAUACAGGUUGCAGCUGCAAGGGGUAAUCGUGGAGCUGUUGAGAUAUUGUUCCCCUUGACGUCCAAAAUUGAUAGUGUUCCUACUUGGACUAUUGAUGGGGUACUUGAGUAUAUGCAAUCUGAAACUAAAAACCAGCAGGAUGAUUUGGUAAAUGCUCAAGGAGCUAAUCAGCCCAAUAAUGCUGUUUCUCAGGAGAAAAAUAUCCCUGAGGUGUCCCCUGAAGCCAAAAAGAUAGCAGCAAAAGCAAAAUCAAGCGGGGAUGAGGCUUUUAAAAUGAAAGAAUAUCAAAUGGCUGUUGAUUUCUAUACACAAGCAAUUGAUAUGAAUCCUACCGAUGCGACGUUGCUAUCCAAUAGAAGUCUUUGUUGGUUUAAGGUGGGUCAAGCCGAGCAGGCUUUAGCUGAUGCAAAAGCCUGCAGAGCAUUAAGACCUGAUUGGCCCAAAGCUUGUUACAGGGAAGGGGCAGCUUUACAUCUGUUGCAGAAGUUUGAUGAGGCUGCAAAUGCUUUUUAUGAGGGCGUAAUUCUCGAUCCCGAGAAUCAGGAGCUUGUGACUGCAUUCAGGGAAGCUGUAGAAGCUGGAAGAAAAUUUCAUGGCACAGCUAAGAAUAAUUCGUAGUUGGGGCCUUCGGUAAUGCCCCCUUGCAAUGAGAAGAGACUAAAAGUUACGGAUUGUGCACACUAUUAUUCAUCUAAUUUUUUUUCACUUGAAAGUAUGUUUUUCUGUCAUGAGGUACAGUCAUGUAGGUAGAGUCGACUAGUAAAUUAUUUCAUUUAAAUGUUAUACUAGUUAGAAAGGUUAGUAUAAUGGCAUCAUUAAUUUUCUUUUA